ACGGAAUGAAAAUUUUAGACAGAAGAAAAUUUUAUUGGUAGAAAGAUAGACGUAAAUUUAAAUUCAUCAAAAAUAAAUCUUUGUUAAACUGUUCAACGAUUUAACAAGUAGUAUUGAAGUGUAUCAGUGCUACAUUUUGGUCCUUCUCGGUUUCUCAGGUGAGAAUGUAGUACAUCAAAUUAGGAUCAAAUCAGGUGAGAACGUAGUACAUCAAAUUGCUACAUUUUGGUCCUUCGAAUUUUCAACGUAAGUUUAUAUGGAAUAUCAAUUACGCCGCUCCAAUAGAGAAAGUCAAGGAAUAGUACCGAAUCGAUUCAAAAAUUUUCUGGUGUGUCUUCCACAUAACAAAAAUAUGUACAGAACUCCACUGAACAACAAUCUGCAGGAAAAACCAAAUCUGCAAUCCAAACAAGCAAAAUCAGUAUCAACUGCUAAUAAUGGCCCCUCGGAAAACAUGAAUGUCGUUAGUUCCAGUAGUUCUAAUGAUGAUAUAUUUUCUAUUAAGCAUUCAACCAGAAGUCAGUCUUCCAAAAUCAGCAAAACUGAUAGCCAACUGAAAGCCCUGUUGUUGGAAGAGCAGAUUGAGGAAGAUGAACUGAAGGCUUCAAUUGAACGUGAUAGAAUACUGGCAGAAAAACAACUAGCAGCAUUACAGAUCCAACAAGAUUUAGCUCUAAAGACGGAAAAGAAAAAAGCAGAAUUUUUAAAACGGAAGCAGGAACGCGAAUUGAGAAAGAACGAAAUAUAAUCUGGUUCAAGUCACGGCUCUAGCAUAUCAAGCAGAUCGAGUGCGUGCACCAGAACUUCUACACGUGUAUUUAAAUGGUUAUCUGAAUCUGGAAAUGGAAAGGCAAAAAAUGAGAAGAUUGAAACUUCUCGAUUUACCCGACCAUUAGUAGAAUCAAAAAAUUAUGUACCCGUCACUGAAUCCGGAGUCAAUGAAAUUUUAUCUCAAGCUUUCAAAUGGAUGAUGUAAUGGAUUGGACAAUCUUUGAAAACGAAUUUGAAUCUUCCACAGAAGAUUUUAAUUUAACUGAUCGUGAUAACCUAAGGAGGUUGAACAGAGCACUUCACGGCAAAGCUCGCAAAACUGUAGAAGCACUGCUUUCGUCUGCUGAAAACGUAAAACAGAUUAUGAAAAUGUUAAAAUCCAAUUUCGGACGUGCGGAAUUGGUGGAAUCAAUCGAAUGGAAGUGCCAAUCGAAUGGAAGCAUUACGAAAUGUAGAGAGCAUCAAGAAGUGAAGCAUUGAGUUCUUUCGAACUUUCUACAAUGUGGUAAUUGGAACCAGAACUGCAAUAAAAAAUGUUAAAGCAGAUAGUUAUUUGAUGAAUCCAGAACUUAUCUCACACCUGGCUGAAAAACUGCCUGUAUUCAGCAAACAAAUGUGGAUUCGACAUAAGGCUGCUUUAAUCAAAAACAAUAUAAUAAUCGAUUUCGACAGUUUUAUUUGUUGGUUGGAGGAUGAAAUGGACACUCAACUCGCCAAUCUGAAUCCUGUCUUCAGUUCCAAAAAGCAAAGCUACCCAAUAAAGCCCAAGCAGAUGGUUCUCAAUGUAAAUAGUCGGGAUGAAGAAUCAUCUGUGAAAUGUUCACUUUGUUCUUCAAAAUCACAUGCAAGCCUAGACAAAUGUGAGCAGUUUCGCAAAUUAUCUAUUGCUCAACGUAGGUCAACUGCAAAUACUUGUAAAGUCUGCUAUAUUUGUUUAAAAGCUGAUCACACAAGGAAAAACUCUAAAUCUAAGAAGAAAUGUUCAAUUUGCGAAAAGAAUCAUCAUGAACUAGUGCAUAAUGAAGAACAACUUAUUUCUAAUGUAUGCAACGUGAAUAGUAAAAACGCAAAUACUUUGCAUAGAGUAGGCAAAAUUAAAGUUCGUGGUCCUAAUGCAAUAGAAGAAGUUUUUGCUCUUUUUGAUGAAGGAUCUUCAUUAUCAAUGAUGGAUGCUUCUAUAGCAACAAAAAUCGGACUGCGUGGACCAAUCUCUUCGGUGAAUUAUAUGUGGACCAAUGGUAUUUCGCAUAAAGAAGAACAGUCCAUGAUGUUGUCCUUCCAAAUCUCUGGACCGUCCCUACAAGCAAAGUGGUUCACGGCAAAUAAUGUUCGUACAGUAAGAAAUAUUGAUCUUCCGUCGAUGAAAUUUGACAUUGAGCAGAUUAGACAGUUAUACCCGAUGUUAAAUGAAGAUAUAUUAACUACAAUUCAGAAAACUUUGGCAUUACCGACCAAUCGCCAAAAAUGGCAGACGAAGAUCAACGUGCACUGGAUAUAAUGAAUCGCACAAUCAUUCGUCGAGGAGAACGAUUUGAAGUUGGACAGUUAUACAAAUAUAACAAUUUCACAUUCCCAGAUAGCAAGCCACAGGCACUUCGUCGACUUCAUAUUAUAGAAAAGAAAAUGGAUUCAGAUCCGGAAUAUGCAAAAAAGUACUGCAGUAAAAUUGAGGAAUAUGUGGAAAAAGGAUAUGCCCGAAAAUUGAAGCCGCAUGAAUUAGCCAAAACAGCGAACACCUGGUAUUUACCUCACUUCAGCGUAGAGACGUCAAAUAAGUUCCGAUUGGUAAUGGACGCCAAAUCCAAAUGCCAUGGAUUUUAUCUGAAUGAUUUGCUACUGAAAGGUCCUGAUUUUGUUCCCCCAUUAAUUGCAAUUCCAAUGCGUGCCAGGAAAAAUAAAAUCGGAUUCGUAGCGGAUAUCAAAGAAAUGUUCCAUCAGGUUAUUAUUCGUAGAGUGGAUCAAGAUUCUCAGAGAUUCCUAUUUCGUGGUAUGAAUCGUUCUACUCCCCCCAGUGAAUACAUCAUGAUGGUGAUGAUAUUUGGAGCAGUAUCAUCCCCUUCAAUAGCGCAAUACAUCAAGAAUAUAAAUGCAAAACAACUAGAGGAAUUGUAUCCUGGCGUUGAGCGAGCAAUUUUGGAACAACAUUAUGUUGACGACUAUUUUGAUUGUGCAGACAACGAGGAAGAAGCCAUUCAAAUGGCCCAGCGGGUGGUGAACACACACGAUUAAGGAGGAUUCAAACUGGUUAAAUUUGCAUCAAAUUCAAACGCACUUUUGAAAUCACUUGACCCUAGUUUGAUAGCCGAAAACAAUACAAAUAGAACUCGUGUACUCGGUAUUGA